GAGGCACUCUGCCUUGCAUUGUACACUACACGAUCUAACUACUGUAGUAGCGAUUCCUAUCUGGGAUCAGAAUUAACUGGGGGUGCAAUUAGAACCAUCGUGAUCUGGGCCUCGUUCUGCGCGUAAAAGUGGUUGACUCUACUGCUUCAAACCGAGUACCUGCUGAUGUGGAUGAGCAGCUCGCCUUCCUGAUGUCGCUAAACCACAUCAGCGCCCAGCACUUCAAAACUGAUGACGCCUCCUCGCCGGUUUCGCAGGAGGCUAGCACUCGCGAAGCAAGCGCUGAGGAAGAGGACAUGUGGUUGGAUGACGAGAUCGACAAAGUGAAGAAGCAAGUCGCUCAAGAAGAAGCUGUGAUUGCAGAGGUGCUUGCCAGUUUGUGAUUUUUCAUGUUUGUGCGUACAGCGAUGGUGUCGGUUUUGACUAAGUGCCGCAGGGUUCAAAAGAGUCACCGGGCACUUACCUUUGUAAACUCACCCCUGGUAAAACUAAAAUCGCAGCUCCAGCAAGCGGCUCGCACUCUGAACGAUGUUGCAGCAGCGGACGCUGCCGCGCGGUUGCAGCUCAUUUCCUCAGUCAAGGAAGAAACUGAGUCGCUCAACAAAGCUGCUCGCAAAUCGCGUCAGCGUGCCGCCCGGGGCGCGGACGGACUGGCGAGCAUUGCCGAGGGCGACGAGGAGUAACUGGACGGCUUGUUCCGACGAGUAGAGGUUUUUUGAAGCUCUAUAGCUGUCGAUUGGUGUGCGAGUUACUUCUCUCCAAGUGUAUUUAUAGUUUUUCGCCUUCGAUUUACCCCUGUUUCUUUAAAUUGUAAACGUAUGUAACCAACUGGAAAUGUGAUAUGAGUGCAAGCUUUUCUCUGGGCCGUGCGUAGGUGACAGAGGAACCAUUGCUGGGGAAUGUGUAUCUUGAGCGCAUUUCUAGUUCUGUUUUGCUUUAUCGCAUGUAGCGUAUGCUCUCCAACCUCAAACAAAAGAUAUUCGUUUAUCAAGAACCGCAGCUCCAAGCCCUGGUUUGUACUACCGGCACCAACUUGGAUGCGCAGAAGGGGAUGAAUGAAUAUAAAUAAAAUAGCACAGCAUGAACUUCAGGAUGUGCGAUGUAGUGUGUUGCUCUGGCCGACGAAUUUCACGAAAAGGCUUGUUUGGAGACGGAAAGAAAAACAUCAGUUGCGGAUGAUUCACUCCGCGGACAGCAAAAGUGAUUCUGUAAUGAGUAGGGCCUGCCUCGCUGUAGCUUCUAUUCGCCUUGAAGGGUGGUGCCGUAAGUUGCGCCCGCUCUCACUGCCAU